UAAACAUGUAUCCUAUUCGUAAAGACUUGCCAUUUUACGCCAGUCUGCGAAUGUUGGAAUCAAUUGGAUUUUAUUCAGAAAAUACCAACGGUUUCAAAAAGAGAUCCAUAGUGAGAACACUUAUCUUUUGCAUAUUGUGCUGGAGUAUUAUCCUAUUGUCUGCAGUACUUUUGAUUUAUGAAAACUUGAAUGAUAAAAAUUAUGCCUCAGUGUUCUUUAAUAUAGCUGUUGCUGUUGCAUCAACAAGUACUUAUUGCUGUACCCUACUGUUUGUAAAGUACCAAGAAAAAUGGUCGGACAUUCUAACAGCUCUAGUGAAUUACGAAAAGUUUGGGAAACCUCGACGGUACAAUCAAUUAAAGGAACGUGGAGACAGAGUUGCUAUGGCUUGUUGGGGCGGAAUUUUAACUGGUGUUUUUCUCUAUAUGUUGUUCGCAAUACUGCAUGAAAAUGAUUGUGAAUUGGAGAAGACAGGCGGUGGAGUUUGUGGCCUGAUUAUUCCCACAUGGCUACCUGCACCAUACGACAAUUCUUUAUUGGCGAGACGAUUAGUGCUACUGUAUGACAUACCAAAUGCUGCAGCAGUAAGCUCUUUCGUUCUUGUAACUCAUUUAAACAUCCAAGUUAAUGAAUUCAACAUAGCUAGAAUCGAUCAUUUAAGUUUGCUAUUCAAUGAUAUUGAGUUUUGUAAAGAUCCACAAGCUCAGCUCAAUAAAAUGAAACAUUGCAUUGAGUACCAUCAGGAUAUUAUUCGGUAA